GGAAAAGACCGAUUGGAAUAAGAUGAUUUUUUUAAGGAAUUCCCUGAUAAAUAUUCAAUGGGCUCUAUGAUUUUUUCUGCAUUGUCUCAAUGCCGCGAUUUUAAUGCGUGACAUCUCAUUAGAAACUAAAUCAAAAACUAAAUCUGACAAUCUUAAAACGUCAAUUAUUAUUUAUUUUUGUAAUCGCUUACCAAAAUACUGAAUUAAUAUUCGAUUAUUGAUAUAUUGUUUUCAAAAUAUGGCUUUGCCAGUGCGUAAGUGUGCUAGGAAGGUGUUAUCAUUAGCCUUCGGUCCGAUUAGGAUCAGUUUGCGAUGUUACGAGAUACCGGAGCACCUGAAAACAAUCGCCACCGACCCGAACCCGAGCUUCUACCGGAUGGUGGAGUAUUAUUACCACAACGCCGUGCAAGUCGUGGAGCCCUCGUUGAUCGAAUAUUUAAAAAAAUACCAGCAUAUGUCGGAUAAGAAGAGGCUGAAUCGAGUGGCUGGUAUAUUGAAGGUAAUGGGUUCCUGCAACAGCUCACUGCAGUUUGAGUUCCCGCUGCAGAGAAAGAAUGGCCAGUAUGAAAUUAUACACGGCUACCGCUCGCAGCAUAGCGUCCACCGGUUGCCAUGCAAAGGAGGAAUCAGAUUUUCAGACGAAGUGAACCUCGAAGAAGUAAAAGCACUGGCUGCGCUCAUGACUUAUAAAUGCGCCUGCUCCAAUGUACCAUUUGGUGGAGCUAAAGGAGGUGUUGCAAUAAACCCGAAAAAGUACACCGCCGCGGAACUGCAGAGAAUAACCAGGCGUUACACGUUAGAGCUGGCUAAGAAAAAUUACAUUGGAGCUGGAAUCGACGUCCCGGCGCCUGAUGUGAACACUUCGGGCAGAGAGAUGUCCUGGAUCGUCGACACGUACAUCAAGACCAUAGGUUUCCACGACAUAAACGCGGCAGCAUGCGUGACGGGCAAGCCGAUCAACGGCGGCGGCAUCCACGGCCGCGUGGAGGCUACGGGCCGCGGCGUCUUCAUGACCGUGCACCACUUCAUACACAACGCCGACUGGAUGAAGCUCAUCGACGUCCAGCCUGGCUUCGAGAACAAGACGGCGAUCAUCCAGGGCUUCGGCAACGUGGGCAGCUACGCGGCCAUCUACCUUCACGGGAAGGGCGUCAAGAUCAUCGGCGUGCUGGAGUUCGACUGCAACCUCCACAAUCCGGACGGAAUCGACCCCAAGGCGCUUCAACUGUACAAAGCGAAGAACAGAGGCAGCGCCAAAGGCUUCGAGGGCGCCAAGGACACGGGCCCCGAGCUCAUGUUCGAGCCCUGUGACAUCCUCAUCAUGGCCGCCAUGGAGAAGGCGCUCACGCACGAAAACGCCGCCAAGGUCAACUGCAAGAUAAUAGGCGAAGGUGCAAACGGCCCUACGACCCCUGCCGCCGACAAGAUCCUCAGAGAGCGUAAGAUCCUGGUCCUCCCAGAUUUGCUGGCCAACGCGGGAGGCGUCACGGUGUCCUACUUCGAGUUCCUGAAGAAUUUGAACCACGUCAGCUUCGGAAAGCUCAGCAUUAAGUUCUGGAAGGACUCCAAUUCGGCGUUACUGGAGUCAGUGGAGGAGUCGCUGAAGGCAGCCAACGUGAACGCCAAGAUCCAGCCGUCGCCGCUGUUCCAGACCAUGAUCGAGGGCGCCAGCGAGAAGCACAUCGUCAACUCCGGCCUCGAGUACUCCAUGACCAACGCCUGCGAUAACGUGAUGCGGGUGGCAAAACAGCAUAACCUGGGCUUGGACGUGCGAACGGCGGCCUACGUCAACGCCAUCGAGAAGAUAUUCAUGACGUAUGACGACAUGGGGCUAGCGCUAUAACGCUCACGUCACUAUACCACCGGUAUUCCCUUGGCCAUUUGAUUGAGACGUUGAAAAUUUUUUGAGCAUAAGGCCCAGAACAGACGGUGAAACGCAGCUGCAACGAAACUGCAACUUUCUGAUGAUUCUGUACACUUACCAUGAGUUUACGUUAGAUGUGCUCGCUAGCGACUGCGUAAACUAAAAAUAUGACAUUAAAUGUAUGACAUAUUGUGCAGCGCCCCUAGCGGCUACUUUCAAGAAAUAUAAUCUUCAUAGAUUUUUCGCUAGCGAGCACACCUAACGUAAACUCAUGGUAAGCACACUGAUGAAUGAAACUGAAAGUUUCAAACUGGUCGCGUCAU